AAAUAUGUACUGCACUCUCCAAGGUUCCUAGACCCAACAUAAAUAUAAGAAUCAAUAUGUAAAGCACUCUCCCAUUCCAUCACCACGAACCCACUGUACACGGCAGUGCAUGACUCCCGUUGGAGGUGCUCCACCACCUAUCCAUCCAUACAAAAACCCAAUUGCGAUAUUUAUAAUUCUUAGAAGGGAUAAUGGGUCAGGGGCUGAGUUGCAGAACAAGUGAGGAGCAGGGACUGUUCAGUGCAGUGCAGUUGGGGGAUUUUGAGAAUGUUGAGACUGUUUUGGAAAGGGAUCCAACUCUUAUUCAUCAUUUCACAGUGUACGAUCGCCACUCUGCUUUGCAUAUUGCUGCUGCUAAUGGUCAGACCGAGGUGGUCUUCUUGAUUCUUUCUAUGCUCUUGGACCGAUCUGUCAAUCCCGAUUUAUUGAAUCGCCACAAGCAGACUCCAUUGAUGUUGGCUGCAAUGCAUGGAAAGAUCUCAUGCGUGAAAAAACUCAUUGAAGCUGGGGCGAAUAUUUUAAUUUUCGAUUCACUAAAUGGAAGGACUUGCUUACACUAUGCUGCUUAUUAUGGUCAUUCUGAUUGCCUUAAAGCUAUUCUUUCGACUGCUCGCACCUCCCAGGUGGCUGUUUCAUGGGGAUAUGCUCGUUUUGUGAAUAUUAGAGAUGGUAAAGGAGCAACACCUCUGCACUUGGCAGCCCGUCAAAGACGGCCCGAAUGUGUUCAUUUAUUAUUAGACAAUGGCGCUCUUGUCUGUGCUUCAACCAGUGGAUAUGGCUUUCCAGGCAGCACUGCCCUUCAUUUGGCUGCAAGAGGUGGUUCUCUUGAUUGCAUCCGUGAAUUGUUGGCAUGGGGCGCUGAUCGAAUUCAAAGAGAUGCAUCUGGGAGAAUACCUUAUGUAGUGGCUCUACGGCAUCACUAUGGAGCAUGUGCGGCUUUGCUGAAUCCUUCGUCGGCAGAGCCUCUUGUCUGGCCGUCGCCUUUGAAGUUCAUAAGGGAGCUUAAUCAGGAGGCAAAAGCUCUGUUGGAACGCGCUUUAAUGGAGGCUAACAGAGAGAGGGAAAAGGCCGUCCUGAAGGGAACAGUUUAUUCACUACCAUCUCCAUCGCAUUCUGAUUUUGGACUUGAUGACAAUGUAUCCGAGGCAAGUGAUACAGAUCUUUGCUGCAUAUGUUUCGAUCAAGAAUGUACGAUUGAGGUUCAAGAAUGCGGCCACCAGAUGUGCGCGCAAUGCACACUGGCCUUGUGCUGCCAUAACAAGCCCAACCCAACAACGACAUGUCCUUCCAUGCCAGUUUGCCCGUUCUGCAGAAGAAACAUUGUACAGUUAGUUGUUGCCAAGGUUAAACCUGAAAAUGAAAUAGACCAUGAUGUGAACUCCUCAAAGCUGAGAAGGUCUAGAAGGUCCCGCAACUUCAGUGAGGGCAGUAGCAGCUUCAAAAGUUUAUCUGCAGUCGGUUCAUUCGGGAAAAUGGGGCAUGGCUCUGGCAGAAUUGCUGCUGAAAACGAAUUUCUUGAUAAGCUAGAGCCUUGAUACAUAGCUCCAUUUGGUACCAAGAAUUUGUAUAUUUGGAAAAUAUAAGCAAAUGAAAGUAUAUUGUUCGUGGGGAUUGGUUUUAAUAAUUCGACGUGGAGAAGUUUAGGGUUUUUCAAUCGGAAGAAUUUAUUUUUAUUUUCAGUUUUUAAGUUUGUAAAAUAUUCUUCACUGUGUGGUGAUACCUGUAAUGCAAACGUGAGAUUGAUGCAAGUAAUAUAUGUAUUAUUUUAUUCA